AUGAGCGUCGAGUUCAAGCUUGUCAACAAAAUUACAGUGAAGCAGAAGUUUCCGAUGCGCCGGGAUGACGAAAUCCUUGGCCGCUUACAGGAUUCGGCGGUAUACUCAACCUUUGACUUCGCUGAGGCCUUUCUGCGGAUCCCCAUUCCUCCGGAAGACAGGCACAAGACGGCGUUCCACAUCCGCACUCGCAAGCUAGGGUACACUUCAGGGGUUGAACCAGAUCCGGCUAAUAUCGAGGCUAAUCAGCGAUGGCCGCUACUGCUGUACGCGCGGACGGACGAUCAGAUGUUCCUCAGGCUCAUCUCAUACUACCGCAAUUUCAUUCCUGCAAUCGCUCGCAUUGCUGCCCCUCUAACAGAUCUUCUUAAGAAGGAGAAGCGGUUUGUUUGGAUGGAGAACGAGGAUGCAGCCGCCCGACGCCUCGCCGGGCAACUGACAUAA